UGGAGCGGCAGGCGCGGGGGCCAAUGGCGAGGCCACUUCCGCCUCGGGCCGUCCAAUGGGAGGCCGGAAGGGGCGUGGCCGAGGAGGGGACCCAAGGAGGAGGAGGGGGUGAUGAGAAGUUGUUGAGGAGGCGCCUGCUGGGGGAAGAUGUAAAAACCUUAAAACAGUUUAAAGCCACAGUUAAAUUAAAAAGCUUGGGUGAAAAGGCGGAGUUUUUGAAAGGAUUGCCUGUUUACAACAAAAGCAACUUCAGCCGAUUCCAUGCAGACUCCGUGUGUAAAGCGUCAAACAGAAGACCGUCUGUUUAUCUUCCCACGCGGGAAUAUCCAUCAGAACAGAUCAUAGUUACAGAAAAGACAAACAUACUUUUGCGUUACUUACAUCAGCAGUGGGACAAAAAGAACGCAGCAAAGAAAAGAGACCCCGAGCAGGUGGAAAUAGAAGGCGAAAACUCCGCCCCGCCCCGCAAAAUCGCCCGGACAGACAGCCAAGAUAUGAAUGAGGACACUUAAAACUCUCUUGCUCCGUUUCUUCUGCGUUUAAAAUUUACAGGCGCUUCCUGUGUGGGUUUUUAUUUUUUAUUUUUGGUCUUUCAAUGUGUACAUGGGGGAAAAAAUGCCCGUUUCCCUGCCCCCUUCACUAUGCAGCCCAAACCACUCUUGACUUCAGAACAGCCGCCAUAUUUAUUUUUGUUAUGUUUGCAUGCUGGGGGGGUCGGGGGGGAGGCCUCUUCAUCUUCCAGGGUUGGGUUUUUGGUUUUUUUUUUGUAUUAUGAUUAUUAUUUAUACACUCUUGCUCGCUCGCUCUCUGGUGGAGCACGUCAGGAAGAAAAAUUAUGUUUAAACUGUGAUCAAUGCCGCCUUUUUUGUUAAAGAAAAAAGCCUAUAAAUUUCAUUUUUUGCGGCUGUUCCCUUCCACACAACGCCCCCCCCGUUUGCUAUUGCAAUGUGUUUGCAAUGGGGAGGCUAAUUCAUCCCACCCCCGCUUCCUCCUCCUUUCUCUCUCUCUUUUUUGUUUUUGGCCAACUUUACGAUGACUAGCCGGUGGUGGGGAUAGCUUGAAUCCCCUUGGUUUCCCCCUCUUAAUCUAGGAGUAAUUUGAUGGGGGUGGGGACCAGGGGCUGCAAUUCCUUCUCCCUCCCCCUCCGGAUCUGUUUCUACAUAUAUGCCAUUUUCUUAAAAAUCAAAUAAUUGUAUCUAGAUCAAUUGUAUUGGUCCUCCUCAGAGCAGCGGCCACCAUCAGCUCUGUUCUCCAUCCGCUGAUAACUGUUUGUAUCGUCUCUUUCCCCUUCUCCGGUCCUUUUUCCUUCUCUUGGGAAGUUCGUUAGCACACCGGCUGUAGAAUUUGAGCAAACCACACCUGGGCCUGUCCUCUCUCUGCCUCCAUCUCUCUCUUUCUUUCGUCUCUCUUUCUGGCACUGCUCUCGAGUGGACCAGUUCCGUGCAACUUCUCCAGUAGAAUAAAAAAGGAUAUUUCUCACCUCC